AAGUCGAACGUUUAAAAGCUAACGGUCUUGAAUCGUCACCUGAAGGUGUUUGUCCGUUUAAAUCGCACUGCGUUUCUUGUAGCCCUCGUACUUGGGUCUCGCAGAAAAUCAACGUAAAAUUGACAUGCAUAUUUGGAACACUGACGAAUGAAGCUUGGAUGAAAAAGUUUAUUUGAGCAAAUUUUUCGUUUUCCAGGAACGCAUCGUGUACUGACUAAAAGCUGCUUGCAUUUGCAUAAUGACACAUCUGAGAUAUAUGAAGGAGCUGAACAAUCUAACUCGCAUGGACGAAGCUAUCAAAGGCCCGAUUCCGCGAUGGCAGAAGAAAUGUGCGGAAACGUCGAAUUUGAGUGUUAAUCUUAGUUUAAACUCAUCAAAGAAACUGAACUCUAGUACUUUGGGAAAAAGCCCGAUGAAAAAUGGCAAGACUAAGAAAACUCCUUCCAAAAUCAUGAGAAAGUCUCCAAAUAGCCAGUCUUUUAAAUUUCUCACAGGUCGUGCUACUACUCCAGCCAAGACACCAAAUGGUGGCGACAGGUUCAUUCCUUCAAGAUCCACUACCAAUUUUGAUUUGAGUCAUUAUAAGAUUCUUCAACAACAGAACGCAGAACAGGAUGGAGAUAGAUCUGACAUUAGUCCUUCGAAACGAGAAAUGCAACGCCUCAUGGGAGAGAAUCUCCAUGGUGGUAAUAUAAAUAACAUGAGGGUUUUAUCUUACCAGAUUAAAGCACCGGCGCCACCAGAUGGAUAUCAAAAUCCUUUGAAAGUUUUGUAUAGCCAAACUAAAACACCAGCCAGUGUAAGAGCUUCUACAAGAUAUAUACCGCAAAACUCUGAUAGAAUAUUGGAUGCGCCGGAAAUCAUUGAUGAUUAUUAUUUAAAUUUAGUGGACUGGUCAAAGAACAACAUUUUAGCUGUGGCGCUCGGUCCCAAUGUAUAUUUAUGGGACGCUGGAACUGGAACUAUAGAACAAUUAUUCGGAUUGGAAGGAAACGAUUAUGUGUGCUCAGUUGCAUGGAUUCAGGAAGGUCCGCACUUGGCAGUGGGCACCACGAUAGGAAAUACAGAAUUGUGGGACUGUAGUCAAAUGAAAAGAAUGCGCGUUAUGAAUGGACAUGUAACCAGAGUGGGUUCUCUUUCUUGGAACUCCCAUGUAUUAUCAAGUGGAUGCAGAUUGGGCAAAAUAGUGCAUCAUGAUGUCAGACAACGAGAUCAUAUGAUCUCGACUGUAAAUGCACAUAAUCAAGAAAUAUGUGGCUUGAAAUGGUCACCCGAUGGACAAUAUUUGGCCAGUGGUGGUAACGACAACAUGCUGCAGAUCUGGUCAUUGGCCACUGGACAAAAUUCUCAGACACAGCCUAUUUAUUCAUUCAAUCAUCAUCAAGCUGCUGUAAAAGCGCUUGCUUGGUGCCCUUGGCAGAAUAACAUACUCGCGAGCGGUGGCGGUACUGCUGAUCGGACUAUUAGAUUCUGGAACUGCAACACAGGUGCUUGUUUAAAUGCGGUGGAUACAAAAUCUCAGGUUUGUGCUUUGUUGUGGUCUACAAAUUACAAAGAGAUCAUUUCCGGACAUGGAUACGCGCAAAAUCAGCUAACAAUUUGGAAAUAUCCGAUGAUGACGAAAGUCGCAGAACUUACGGGGCACACUAGUCGUGUUUUGCACCUCGCCAUGUCUCCGGACGGAACUACGGUACUUAGCGCCGGUGCUGAUGAAACGUUAAGGCUGUGGAAAUGUUUUCAGAUGGAUCCACACAAAAAGAAAGAAUGUAGCGAAGUAAGAUCGGUUGCAUCUAGGCUUAAGCAAUCAAUUCGAUAAAAUUAAAGCGUCGCUAAAUCAUUGCAGUAUUUAUUUUUAUUAAUCGAUUGUAUAUGAUCGGUAUGUAAUAUAUAAGCAGAGGAGCUAGGAAGUGGUACGUUACUAUCGCCAAACGCCGCACAUUGAGUAAGAUUGACUUUAUUAAAUCGAUUGAUCGAUAUAUUUUAUAGAAGAAAAUUAUAAAAAUUGAUGAAUUGAAACAGUACUUGAUUAUUAGAAUAUAUAUUUCUCUGUACAUGCAUCUGAUAGUAUAUUGUGUAUAUUGUUAAGCAAUCUAAAACAAGCUUUUAUCAAGUGUGUCAAAUCUUAAAAUUUGUGUUACACGGUUACAUGUAGGUUGUACACGGGACAAUGUCUCUAGAAUAAUAAUUACAAAUGUAGGAAUAAAUGAAUCCUUUUUAUACUGAUAUUUUAUACUGUUUCGCGUGUUUCACACACACAAUAAAGUUUUUAUCGAAUAAUCCGCUUAUUACUAAUCUUUAAUGAAAAAUUUAAUAGAAUUGCUAAAAUUUUCCAAAUCUGUUUAUUGCGAAUAACAAUGAAUAAUUUUUCGUUUCUAUCGAUUAGUGUUUUAUUAACAGUUUUUAUAUUUUUAGAUAUUAGUCACAGCUUUGGCAUAAGGGGUGAGAAUACGUCAAUUUGAUACAUUAAUACAAUAGAUUUUUAAUAUUGCAUUAAUCUGAAUGCAGAAUAUAGAUGUAGAAGUUGUAUAAAAAAUUGAUGUAUAAUA